ACGAGUGAGGCCGAACCAGGCGAGUGCUUUCGUCAUCGUGUGCAGGUUUUUUUCGAGUAAUGAAUUAUUGCAGUGGAGUGCUAAAAUUAUGUUAAAUUUGAAGUGAAAUAUAAUAUUGGUGAUGUUGACCUUAGGCUUAUUGUUAUUUCGCAAAAAAACUGUAAAAGAACAUACGUUUACUGUAGUAAUUCGUCAAAAAUCGAGAAAGCUUCAAACGUGUUUGAAGCUUUCGGUUUCGCAUUAAUGGAACUAUGAACCUGGACCCUUUAACGUUUAGCUUAUCACAAAUCAAUUAUCUCGUUGCAAAUUUAAGUAAGAAGAAUUUCAAGCAAACUAGUCAAGAGUUGUCCCAGAUUGUCAGUCUCUAUGGCUUGGAAGCAGAGAAUCAACUGCUGAGGUGUCUGCUUACUGAGGCGGCGAAGACAUCGUGGGACAACGACCGUCCAGGGACUGCGUUCAGUGUUCACGCGACUCUACUAGCGCAGCAUCUGGCGUCGCUUCUGAACCAUCCUGCAAAGUCUACUGUGGUCUGUCGGACUCUAGAUCAUCCAACACGAUCACUACAAAAGGUAUUAAAACCUGCCAACACACUCCUUACUCGACUCGCAAGAUUGCUGAAAUUGACUACGGCCCAAGAUGUUGCCUUCUCAUUGGUGUUGAGAAGAAAUUCAUCAAAGCCUGAGAUUGUUUCUCUUGCUAAAAACCAUUUGAAGAAACGGUUUUUAGACUUUGUUCAGUGUUAUCUUGACGCAGAACGCGGACAUCAAGUUGAGCGUGCAGGUCUUCAGGAAUGCAGCCCUGAAGUUUUGCAAACUCUCUUAACUAGCCUCGCUUACGACAAUUUUCGGCUAGCCGCAGUUACUAAGGACCUCUUUCUGAAACGUUUACGCAUUGACUUUCCACGUGAAGUAGUGCCUAUAGUGUUAGCGCCGUUACUUUACCCUGACGAUACACAAACACCGCUCGAGGAAAUGACCACAUCUGACGACAUGGCAGCAGCUAUGAUGGACAACUCUCUAGCGGAAAUAAUUCGAGAUAUUGGCUAUACAUUUACAGCUUCAGUAGAAGACUGCAAAAACAACAUGAUUAAUUUUGGAGCGCGGGAGCCAACGGCUAUCGACAUAGCUAGAAUAAUUUCAAUGAUGGUGAGAUACCAUGCAACACUACCAGAAGGCCCGCAAAUCCAAACACCUGGAAAUUAUUGGAUGAAUCACGAAGCGAAGAAAGAAGCAAUUGCGCAUGGACAUCCAGAGACAUGGAAUGCUGAAAUAUUUGUUCAAACUUUAAAAGAAUUAGCUUCUAAUUUAAACUGGAAGGAGGUCAUUUUACAACUAGACCAUCAAGAAUUUAUCGUUCCUGACCGACAAGGUUUAAGUUUACUCUUCACGAUUUUGCGAUUAGGUCUUCAAAGCGCAGGUUAUCCGGCUAAUAUAUUUCCAGUAGAAUAUCUAUGUCGAAGAUGGACAAAUCUAGAAGGUCAAAUGAGUUUGAUCACUAAUAUCCUCAAACAUCCAGACAUUUUUAGUUUUGCAGAUCAUCCAUUCCAUCCAGUUUCGAUUGAUCUAUUGAAAUCCCCGCCCGAAACUGAUAAUAAGGAAAUAUCGACAUGGCGCUGUCUUUACUUGGUGGAACUUUUACUAUACGCAUCAGAACGCGGCUACUACAUGCAAGUUCAUGAGUUAUUUAAGUUUCCUCUUCAACACUGUCCUGAUAUUUUAAUUCUUGCGCUAUUACAAAUAAAUCCACCAGUAACAGUAUUCAGACAGGAAUUAUUAACUAUGCUCAUUCCAAUUUUUCUUGGCAACCAUCCUAAUUCAGGUAUAAUUUUACAACACGCGUGGCAUUCACAAAAUCCUAAUAUAAAGCCAAUUAUUAUGCAUGCUAUGGCCGAUUGGUACAUACGCGGCGAAAGUGAUCAAUCAAAGCUAUCGAGAAUAUUGGAUGUCGCACAAGAUCUAAAGGCAUUGUCCUUGUUGUUGAAUGUCCAGUCAUUUCCGUUUGUCAUAGAUUUAGCAUGCUUGGCAUCUCGAAGAGAGUAUUUGAAAUUGGACAAAUGGCUCACAGAUAAAAUACGUGACCACGGUGAGACUUUCGUUUCAGCAAUGGUUAAGUUUCUUCAACGACGAUGCCCACAAGUACUCGGCAAAGUGCCAGACGAGCAAUUGCCUAAAGCCGCUCAGUUGCCCCCAGAGACUAUUGGCACAAUGUUGGCAUGCUUGCAAUUAUGUAUUCCUAAUGUACAGCAAGAGCUACAGGAAGCGAUUUAUAAUGUUAUAGCUAAUUGUCAGACAUUGAUUUUGAGCAAAGCAAGACCAGGUAUACCGGGUAUUGCCCGUCCGCAUACAAGGGUAUUAGAGACACCUUUUAAUCCUGCUGGUUUGGGUGGACAGCUGUUCACGCCACAUGUAGAUGCUAUUGCUAAUUUAACACCAAACGUCGCCAAUAUGACUUUAGGUGCACCAGCAAAUACUGCCUUUGCUAUGCCUGGUACACUAGGGCCAUUGGUUACAGCUCCAGCAUCGCCAUCGAGACUCAUGGGUGCAGGGCCAAACAGUCCCUUUGCGAUGAUGCAAAUGCAGCAUAACCCUAAUGUCGCUAAUAUGUCUGCUCUUGCUAGAAUGCCUCCUGUACCCGCAAUGGAUAAACCUCGAUUACCGGAUCCUAUUCACUUCCCAGAAAUUAUGCAUAAUGUGUCCAAGGAAAUCGAAGAUGAAGCUAACAGCUACUUUCAGAGGAUAUACAACCAUCCUCCACACCCGACUCUGUCGAUAGACGAAGUAUUAGAAAUGUUAAAGAAGUUCCAAGACUCAUCAAAUAAAAGAGAGCGCGAGGUGUUUUCUUGCAUGCUCCGAAACCUUUUCGAAGAAUACAAGUUUUUCCCACAAUAUCCAGACAAAGAGCUGCAUAUUACAGCGCAAUUAUUUGGUGGUAUAAUAGAAAAAGGUCUAGUUCCUAGCUACGUAUCGUUAGGGCUGGCCUUAAGAUUUGUCUUAGAUGCUUUACGUAAGCCGGAAGGUUCUAAAAUGUAUUACUUCGGUAUAGCGGCUCUAGAUAGAUUCAAAUCUCGUUUAAAGGACUAUCAUAAAUAUUGUGAACAUGUUAGAGCUAUACCUCAUUUUAGUGAAUUCCCUCCGCACUUAGUUGAAUACAUCGAAUAUGGCCUUCAGAGCCAAGAGCCACCUACUAAGCCGCAAGGAGCAGUGUUGCCAGCGAGUCUUGCCGCCAUGCUGAAUCAGAGCGCCGUUGUUACCGUUUCAGCACCAUACAGGGCAGUCGUUUGUGUACACAAUCCUAUAUCGGUUAUAUCGAAGGUUACAAAUUGCGCUGCCGGUGGCAUUGGCAGUCGACCGUCUAUAGCGAAUGCCACAAAUAUUGACACACUGCUAACUGCUACGGACAGGGAUGAAAAAAUAAAUGCUCCACCCGAAGCUAUACAAGAUAAGACUGCAUUUAUAUUCAACAAUCUCAGCCAGCUAAACCUGCAAACUAAAUGCGAAGAAUUGAAAGAAAUAAUAACAGAUGAAUAUUAUCAAUGGCUUUCUCAGUAUUUAGUAAUGAAGAGAGCUUCAAUCGAGCUCAAUUUUCACGCUCUGUAUUCCAAUUUUCUCGACGUUCUCAAAAUACGGGAAAUAAAUAAGAUGGUUACGAAAGAAACUUACCGAAACAUUAGAGUAUUAUUGCGAUCUGAUAAAGGCAUAGCGAACUUCUCUGACCGAUCUUUGUUGAAAAAUCUCGGUCAUUGGUUAGGUAUGCUCACUUUAGCUCGCAACCAGCCUAUCCUUUAUGUAGAUCUUGAUCUUAAAGCACUGCUACUUGAAGCUUAUCACAAGGGCCAGCAGGAGCUUCUUUACGUCGUGCCGUUUGUUGCGAAGGUCUUGGAAUCCUGCGCCAAGAGCGUCGUAUUCAGACCGCCGAAUCCAUGGUCAAUGGCUCUAAUGAACGUAUUGGCCGAGUUACAUCAAGAACCCGAUUUGAAAUUGAAUUUAAAGUUUGAAAUAGAAGUGCUUUGCAAAAACUUAAGUUUGGAUAUAACUGAUCUAAAACCAUCUCUAUAUUUAAAGGAUCCAGAAAAAUUAAGGACUAUCGAAUUUCAACUGUCACAACCCAAACCCAAUAAAGAGCCAGCUAAUGUAAUUCCGGUUAACCAGGCUGUAGUUCAGGCUCCACAAAUACAAAUGAUGCCUCCUCAACCACCAAUGAUUCCUAUCGAGGACAUGUCCGGUACUGUUCCCACACCUACGAGUGGUAUGAUUCCCAAUGAUCCGAGCAUGAUGGGUGUUCUGGGAUUGCCGGAGCCUAGAUUUAACUAUCUUGACGUGAAUGUCUCAUCAACUUCGGCUUUCGGUCAGAAAAUAUGUUUCAAUCCGCAUAUAAUUCUUUUCCAAAACUAUCCUCAUUUGAAGCAGUUUGUGAAACCUGCUAUCGAGCGGUCGAUUCAGGAAUGGAUUCAUCCAGUUGUCGAUCGGUCUAUCAAGUAUGCCUUGACGACUUGCGAGCAGAUUAUAAGGAAGGACUUUGCUUUUGACCCUGACGAAGUGCGAAUGCGGACGUGCGCGCAUCACAUGAUGCGGAAUCUUACCGCCGGAAUGGCUAUGAUCACUUGCCGCGAACAGAUCAUCAGCACGAUAAGCACUAACUUGAAAGCUGCUUUUAUCACUGCCCUGAUACCAACUACUCCUCAACAGUUGAAUGUGUUACAGAAGGAUAUUAUAGAAAGUGCAGCAGCAGUUCUUGCUACAGAAAAUAUGGAGCUCGCUUGCGCUUUCAUUCAAAAGACGGCCGUCGAAAAGGCAUUACCUGAACUCGAUAAGAGGCUAAUGAACGACUACGAAAUGAGAAAAAUCGCCCGGCAAGAAGGGCGCAGAUACUACGACCCGAUGGUAUUGACUUACCAAACUGAACGCAUACCCGAAAGGGUGCGACUGCGUGUCGGUGGUCCUACAGACCUGCAGAUUUCAGUUUAUGAAGAGUUUGCAUGUAACAUCCCUGGGUUUAUGCCCGUUCGCGAUGCGGGAAUGUUUAUUCCUAAGCCAUCAGCACAGGAACAAAUACCGCAGAUGACAUUCAGUCAAGUAAUGAAUCCGACACAAGUGUACGGUACCGAUGAAAUGGGCACUCUUAUAACAACAGCGGAAUUGUUCCUGUCCAAUGCGCUAACGGUUCCAUUAUUCGCGGUCCAGGCGACCAACACUCACACUCUGCUGGAGUGUCUUAUCAUAGCGAGACGUAACCGGGACAUCGUAUCUGGCUACACUCUGUUGCAACGGGCUGUUGAAGGUCUUCUGGAUGGCCAUAUUGUCCAACCUGGGACAAACCCUGAGCAUGCGGAGAUGAUGACACGCUAUCGUGACAUUCACUUACGAGUCCUGAAACUUUUGGAAGAUGCUAGGGUUUAUGGUCAUGCUUGGACCACCAAACAAAUAACGUACUGCGUCACCGAAUGUCGGGACGAGCUUCGUUAUAAUCUGGAAGCGAUCGAUUGUCUUGUCAGAAAUCAUCUGAUCAAUUUGCCACAGUACGAUCUUGCGCUCGCACAUCUUAUGGACAACGGGAACAACUACUUGGCUGUGGCAUUUGCGAUGCAACUGGUACAGCUCUAUCUCGUUGACGAUAGGAACAAUUUGUACGCCACUGAAUCCGACUUGUAUCACACUACGGAGACUCUCGUGAGGAUGAUGUCUCACUCCAGACAGCCGCCGCCAGAAGGCCUAGCGACCCUGAUCGAAACGAUAAGAAUAAACCAGGAUCCUAGCACGUACCUUGGUGAACGUUCACCAUUGGGACCAACUGCCCAUAUUCACAAUGGAAUCCUGCAAGUACGAGCCCGAGAUUACGAAGAUCCACCCGGUCUCCAAGAGAAGACAGAAAAUCUCCUUCGUGAAUGGAGGAACGUGCUCCUGAGUCCGCUCACAGAAAUCGAGAUCGGACAGAACUUCAACAUUUACGUUCACCGAAUGAACAUGAACGGAAUACUCAAGUCAGAUGACAUGAUUACUCGCUUCUUCCGUAUCGCAACACAGAUGUGCAUCGAGAAUGUGUACCAGUUGCUCACAGAGGACAGGAUGAACCCACCACCAGUGCCUCCCAAGAGGGAGAAGUACUAUGCGAUAUGCGACUCUUUCAUCAAGCUGGUAUCACUUUUGAUCAAGAAUACCGCGGAUGGUGGCAACCCUACACCAAAACUUAAUUUGCUUAAUAAGAUCCUGGGAAUCAUCGCUGGGUGUCUACUCCAGGACCAUGAAGAACAUGGCGCCAACUUCCAACAGCUUCCUUACCACCGUCUAUUGCUCAUACUGUUCCUUGAUAUGAACAUGGCCGAGCCAGUCCUAGAAUCUAUGAACUAUCAGGUUCUAACAGCAUUCUGCCACACCCUCCGCAUAAUCCGUCCGAGCGUCGCACCGGGAUUCUGCUAUGCCUGGCUGGAAAUCGUGGCGCACAGGGCCUUCGUCAACAGGGUGUUAGCCGUCACACCGCAACAGAAGGGCUGGGGAAUGUAUUCGACGCUGCUUAUCGACCUUUUCAAGUUCCUCGAUCCGUUCCUACGUAAUACGGAACUGGCGACGCCCGUUAUGAUGCUAUACAAAGGAACUCUCAAAGUCUUACUCGUUUUACUUCACGAUUUUCCCGAGUUUCUGUGCGACUACCACUAUGGCUUCUGUGAUGAGAUACCGCCAAAUUGCAUCCAAAUGAGGAAUCUCAUCCUGUCAGCCUUCCCGAGGAACAUGCGGCUGCCCGAUCCUUUCACGCCGAAUUUGAAGGUGGAUCUGUUAGCCGAAAUCACUCUACCGCCUCGUGCAGUUAUAAAUUACGCUACGAUUAUACCGUCUUCGCAGUUUAAGAAGGAUCUGGACGCGUAUAUCAAGGCCAGAGCGCCUGUCACGUUCCUUUCGGAGCUGCGUAGUAACAUGCAGGUGGUGAAUGAGCCAGGCCGCAGAUACAACAGCCAGCUGAUGAACGCCGUGGUGCUGUACGUCGGCACUCAGGCUAUCGCUCAUAUUAGAUCGAAGGGGCAGACCCCGAAUAUGUCAACUAUAGCUCAUUCAGCGCACAUGGAUAUUUUCCAAAACUUUACCGUAGACUUUGACUACGAAGGAAGGUACCUAUUCCUGAACGCGAUCGCAAACCAGCUGCGCUAUCCGAACAGCCACACUCAUUACUUCAGCUGUUGCCUGCUUUACUUGUUCGCGGAGGCGAACUCUGAGGCCGUUCAAGAACAGAUUACAAGGAUGCUGCUGGAGAGGUUGAUAGUGAACCGCCCCCACCCAUGGGGUCUGCUGAUCACGUUCAUCGAACUAAUUAAGAAUCCGAUCUACAAGUUUUGGAGCCACGAGUUCGUACAUUGCGCGCCUGAGAUUGAAAAGCUUCCAAGAGGGGCAGCAAAGAGAGGCGCCCCAGCAACCGCAACCUUCCACUUCUCAACCUGUAAAACACGUCUUACAAUGGAACAAAUUAUUCAAAAAGUAAAUUCAAUACUAAAUCCUUGCCCACACUCGGCUCCGCCGGAAGAAACGGACGGUAAACAGUGUGAUAAAGUGAUUAGUGACAGUGUGAAUCAAUAAAUUUGUGAAUAACAUUGAAUCGGUUGCUUCAAUAAGUGCUCAAAUAGACAUCUCAACUAAAUAGUGCUCGCUACAUGAUACACAACAUUACACACAUGGAAACAUAUACAAACAAACUUUGUAGACUCUUGAUCGAUCGAGUGGACCUAAAGUUACAAUUACAGUAUAUUAAAUAUUAAAUUCGGCUGCUGUUGAUGAGACGUUAAAACUUGAUGACGCUUUUAAUAUACACAUUGCAAAAUAUAAUUGAAAAAUAUAACUGACUGGAACUGUUAGAGGUGCUAGUGAUAUUUUUUAAUUUAUUAGCAAGAGUAAAAAGUGCUCGUGGGAAUGAAGCGGUCGAAUGGUACAUUGAAAACUGAACUGUUGGACAUAAAGUACAAUGCGACAUGUAAUGCAAUAUCGUCUUGUGAAGUUUCAAUUUAUAUAUAUAUAUCUAUAUAUAUUUGUAAAGGUUACUUAAUACUUAAACGUUUAAUAAAUAUGAACACCUUUAUAAAUUCUACGUGUACCACUUAAUAUAUAUUUUUAUAAUGUAUUAUUUAAAUGAAAGCCGAUAGUAUAAAAAUUAUAAUAUAUUAAGUAUUAUGUUCAAUUUUGAGUAUAUAUAUGCUUAAAAUUUAUAUGAAAUAAAAUAAUGCCGGAUUAAAUUUUUAUUAUAUGUAUUCGUGUACUUUUUAUAUUUAGCAUAUGAAGUAUAUGGUAAAUCUGUUGUAUCUGUCGAUUUCGCUAGACUUCCUUGUAACUAGAUGUUCCAGUCUCAGUCGCCAUUCGUAAUUUAAGUAUUACAUAUAAUAGUUGUUGUGUACUGUGUGUAGGUUUCAAGUGAAAUUGUUGAGAUGCUAGGUAACAAUGUAUUUAAAAGUAAUUCAGGUAAAAAAAAAAAAAUAGUUUUAAUCGUGAAUUGUUUAUAAUCAUGGACGUUUUUGCACAGGCGAAGUGAUGUUAUCGUUGGGUUCGGUGAGGUCGACGGCGGCGCUGUCCCUAAUUAAAAUAAAUUACACUUUGUGAUAUAUUCUAGCGCGAUCAUCUAUUAUGAUCGAUAUAAUUUUAGCGUCCUUAUUUCUAGAACAUGGUCGCGUUGCUCGAGACCAAUAACUGUUAAUAUAUCGGUUUAACUGCGCACACUCUCCGCGUUACUGUAAGUCAAUAUAAUAUAUUUACUAUAAAUCUGCUCUCGCGGAUCUCUCUAUCCGGUCUCAUUAUAAAGAGCUGCAUACAUUAAUAUAAAUGAGACCGGGUACAGAGUUUCAAGAGAGGAUUUUUACUAUGGUGAUGAAACCAUAGUAUGUAUUAAUUAGUUGUCAAAAGUAAAAACGACUGACUAUAGUAAAUCGUGCGUUCUGAGCGUCAAAGACGCACGCGUGUUGAAACUACGAACAGUACUAGUAACGAGUAAUGUUAGUUUUUAAAGUAAUAAUUAAUUUUAAGAUUUCGAAAGCAGUGCGCGGAUGUGAUCCUGUAAAUUAAUUUGUAUUGCCGAUUUCGUAGGAGUCUGGCUCGUUAAAGUUGUAACUUAAAAGUGAUUAUUUAAUAUGAAUUGUCAGUGUAAUUUAUAUGAGAAUGUGUACGUUUGGAGUUACCAUUUGCUAGACGGUGACCGUGCAUUGCUAUGUAAAGUGUUAGAUGUAACUUGGAUAUAAGUAAUUUAGGGAGAAUUAGUGUUAAUGUUAACGCUACAAUGUUCUGAGUAGGGAAUCCGAACCCGAUACUUUAAGGUAAUAUCUGGAUAUCCAAAGACUUUUAUAUUAUUUUAUAUUUAUCACAAAACAUUUAAUAUAAUAAUAAACUUCCAUAAAAAAACACAAUUUAAACAUGGCCACUCUUCAAAAAUCAGUGUUGUUUUCGACUAUUAUUUUAAUGAAUUCAUAUAAAAAUGUUUAGUUUCACAAAUUUUAGUUUAAAUUUUAUUCCAUUUAUGUAAAAGAAUACGUAUUUAAAAAUGUAUAUAGUCUUUACAAAAACUUCCAUAAACAAGUUUGACUGACUUACCUUAUUUAUAUUCGUAUGUGAACUGAAGCUAUAUAAAUACGUAUGAAAAAAAACCGAAACUUCCUUUUUUAUAAACGACGCGGAGUCAUUUGUAUGACGUUGACUAGCAAGUAACCGGGCACGUGUCUGAGAAUAUAAGAGUUUGAACGUAAACAUCUACGGCCUUGCUUACAAACGUUGUUUAGCGAUGGUUUAGUCAAACACGGAUUUUUCUCUUUCCCUCAUCAUUCAUUUGAUAUGAGAAAGAAGGAGACAAAACAUUGUUGAAGUAAUCAAGAACUAUUCACGCCCUGAACAACAUUUUUAAGUGAAGCCGUUAUUCAGUUACUUUAAUAAAAUUAAUGACGACGAAUGUUAACUUCAUAAUAGUAGUGUUUUAAACUAAUUUUAAUGUAAAUUUUAUCCGUUGACCAAUCAGCAAGCGCUGAAAUUUUUAAAGAUAUUGUACAUAAAUGGAUUUUAUAUUGUUUAGGGUGUCGAAGUAAAUUUGUGUUUAACUUACACUCGCUUUACAAACGUUUAUAAGUAAGGCCGAAAAUGAUUAACAGACAUUUAGUUAUGAAAACAAAUAUUUGCAGCUAAUUAUGAUUGUAGUGUAGACAUAAAAUUACUUGUCCGUGUGUUAAUGUAGGUAUAAAUCAGGUUUUUAUUGCAUAAACUAAUUUAUCUCGUAUCAAUACACUUAUUAUUCGUGCUUAAAAAGGCAAGUUAAAACGCAAACAAAGCUGAAAUUUAGUUCAAAGUCUCAUGUCGAAAAAAAAAUAUAUAAAUUUUAAUUGCUUACAAAUAUUCUAUAAAGUGGCUGUAACGUAGAUAAAUAUAAAUGUUUACGAUAAUAAUUGAACUUUUUUACUAAAAUACUUCCUAUAUAAUAUUACUAAAUAUGACAUGUAUGAAUUUCUCGGGAUCCCCGGGAUUGGAUUCCCUAGUUGUAAGUUACAUACUCCAUUUUUUAAACGAUUUGUGUUGUAAUAAAAUAUUUUUUCAUC